AUGGGAGAAGAAAGACAAACAAAAAUUUCAUUAUAUCCGUAUGAAGGAUGGGGAAAGCCUGUACUUCAAUGUCAUUGGACAGUUAAAACAUUAUGGUGGAGUAAAACCCGUUGUAUUGUUAUUGAACAAAAUGGACAUCGAAAAAAUGUGACAAAAGGGCACAUGAAAUGUCUUGGUAAUGGUCAGUUAGAAAUAACUGGUCAAUUUCUACGAAAUGAUGAUUCUUAUUUUCGUUUAACUCUUUCAUCAAACAUAACUGAUGAUGAUGUUCAAGAUGGAUAUGUAUUAUCAGGUGCAUUAGAACUUGGUUCAUCAAAAUAUGAUUUACAAUUGAGUCAUUUUGCUAUGGUAUCAAUUAACUAUUUAGAACAUCAACAAAGACAAAAUAUAAAACAUAAUUCGUUACUAAAAACUCGAAAUUUAUUAUUUAGUUGCUUUUAA